ACAUAGUUGUUUUGCUGGCGAAAAUUUAAGAGAAAAAUCAAUUUUACCCAAAGAAAACUAAUUUUGUGGCCAUAAAAACAGCAUCAAAGGAUCAAGAUGACGGCACAGAUGCGAGCGAUGUUGGACGAAUUGAUGGGAACGGGCAGAAAUGGCGAGACGGGACGAAAUCAAAUCAAAUUCAGCGACACCCGAGUAUGUAAGAGUUUUUUGCUUGGCUGCUGUCCUCACGAAAUUCUCGCGUCAACGCGCAUGGAUCUCGGAGAAUGUCCCAAAGUGCACGAUUUCGGACUUCGAGCUGAUUACGAGAAUGCUGCCAAGGAGAAGGAUUACUAUUAUGACGUUGAGGCAAUGGAUCAUUUACAAGCUUUUAUUGGGGAUUGCGAUCGUCGUACAGAGUCGGCGAAGAAACGUUUGGCAGAAACGCAGGAAGAAUUGACUGCAGAAGUUGCGGAAAAAGCCAACAAAGUGCACAAAUUCUCCGAGGAAAUCGGUAAGAAAUUAGCGGAAGCCGAAAAACUCGGGCAAGCGGGCGAAGUCGAGGCAAGUAUGACUCUCAUGUCCGAAAUCGAAGAAUUACGUGCGGAAAAGACAAAAGCAGAGCACGAAUAUCGUUCAGCCAUCCCCGCAAGCAGUUAUCAGCAACAAAAACUCCGCGUUUGCGAAGUUUGUUCCGCCUAUUUGGGCAUUCACGACAACGAUGUGCGUCUCGCGGAUCACUUUGGAGGCAAAUUGCAUUUGGGAUUCCUUGAAAUACGCGAAAAACUUGCAGAACUGGAGAAAACUGCGGGUCCCCGUAAGUCGGAACUCAAGAAAACCGGACGAGAUCGUGAUUACGAGGAACGACGCAACAAAUACAAUCGAUACUACGUCGGAGGACGAGAACUGGAUCGUCGUUCACGCAUUCAUCGGUCACGGAGCAGAGAACGUGCCGAGAAAUCCAGCGAAAAAACCACUGGUGCACCACGAUCAAGAUCUCGUAGUCGCGAACGACGCUCGGAAAAGUCACACAGAGACUAUCGUCGUGAUGGUAGAGACGAUAGACCACGUGAUCGGAGUCGUGAUCGACGCGAAAAGUCCUACAACAGUCGGGAUUAUCGGAGAGACGAUCGCAGACAUGACGAUCGUAGACGUUCACGUGAUCGCCGUUAAGGAAAAAAAAAUAGCAGAAGAUAUGCCGAAAACCCAUCGAGACAGCACGUAAGCAAUAAACAAAUUAUUUUUUUUGUUCACAAACACUUUUGAAAAAAGAUAAAAAAAAAAUAUUCUUUGAAAAGUUUUUUUCUGAUACACGCAAAAAAAUAAUAUUAUCAAUAAGUACCCUAGUUUUCGGUAAUCAAACUUUUUUUAAGACGGUGUUUAUUUUUACUAUAUUUAAUAUAUUGUAUUAACUUUUAUAUCUUGAACGAGAUAAUCUUUAUGCAUGGUUAUGAAAAACGUGUAAAAUAUUUUGCAGUACAACAAACUUUAAAAAAUUACUAAAUAAAUAAAGCUGAAAAUUAAA